AUGGAAGAAUCAAAUGCAAAUUGUAUUAAAUUUUCGGAUUUGUGUAUUCUUUUGGAACAAAUUUCUACGGAAGAAGAUAGAGGUGGUAAAGAAGUAUUAUUUAAACAAUUUAUCAAUUUUUGGUUUCAAAAAGGAAAGAGAAUCUUUACUAUUUUUCCUGCCUUACGUUUGAUGACUCAACCAAUUAACAUUGGAGAACGUUUAAUUAUUGAAUUCAAUUAUUUAAAAAAUAUUUUACUUAAUGAUUUAAAAAUUGAUGAAUUGGAUUUUGGAAUGACCAAAGAAAUGUCAAUUUCAAAAAUGGUAGAGAUAUUGAUAAAUAUUUAUCCUAAAAGUUUUGAAGAAUUAGAUUUUUCUGUUGAAUACAUGAAUAUGUAUAUUGAUCAAUUGUCACAAUGUAUAUAUGUAGAAAAAAAUAUAAUUGAAUUGUUGAGAAAGAUGAGUUAUUUGGAACGUAAAUGGUUCUUACUUAUAAUUUUAAAUGAAGUUGAAAAUGUAACAAAAAUGGAUUUAGAUGAUCUUUUUUAUUGCAUUAAUCCUAAUUUAGAACAAUUUAAAAAGUAUGGCUUUCAAUUUGAAGAUAUACUUGCAAACUAUUCUCCCAACUAUUUUAUUAAAGAAGAUAUCAAACAUACAUUACCAUCUUUAGGUAUUGGGAAACCUUUUACUACAAUGAAACCAUAUGAUUUUGGUUAUGAAAAAUAUGAAUUUGAUGAGAUAAAAAAAUGUUGUAAGGGAAAACUUUUUGUUGAAUUAUUUUGUCAUGGAGAACAUGUGUUAUUGCAUAGAUUCAAUAAUGGUGCAAAUUAUAAAUUUUUUUCAUCAAAUAAGAAUGAUUAUACAAUGUUUUACACUUUACCAAAAUUUGACUUUCCAAAAGAGAUUAAUUCAUUAUUCAAGAUAGAUGUUAAAGAUGUAAUAUUAGAAGGUUAUAUGGUAAUAAAAUGUAAUAAAACUGGAAGGAUAAUGAAAAAAUAUGAUAUGUCUUCUGAUGAUACUUAUUAUGAUUCAAGAUUGUUUAAAGAAAAAGAUGAUUGUAAAAAAAUAUGUUUUAUUGUUUCUGAUAUCUUAUAUCUUAAUUCUAAUUUUUUAACAAAUAUUUCAUUUGAAGAAAGAUUAGAAAUUUUAAAUGAAAAGAUUUUUAAUAAUAUAGAAAAUACAAGAAUUAUAAUUUCAAAGUAUAGACAAAUUCAAAAUUACAAAGAUUUUACCGAAUGUGUAGAAAAUGCAAUUUCUGACAUGGAAGAAGGAUUUUUUAUAAAGGAUAGUUCUAGUUUUUAUAUUCAUGGAAAUUCUCCAAGAAGUAAUUGUGUUUUUCAUGUAAAACCUGAUUACAAUAAAUUUUGUACAUUUAAUUUGGGUAUUGUUGGAAUUGAAUAUUCUGAUAAUACUUUUAGUCAUGUUAAAAAUUUUCUUUUAGCUGCUAAUGGUUUUCAAAAUACUUUAACAAUUUGUCUCAAAAUUCCUGUAAAAAUGGAAUCAAUAUUUUUUAACAAAAUAAUUGAUGUACUAGACAUUAACAAUAAAUAUCAUUUGAAAUUACCAUGUUACUUGGAAGACAACUUAAAUUGUAAUUCUCUUUGCAGAUUUGCUUUUGAAGAAAAUAUAACUAUUGUAGAAGUAAAAUGGACUAAGAUAUGUUCAAAUUAUAAAGAUCUUAUUUAUAUAUAUUGCAUAAAAAAAGAUCUUUUAAAAAAAGAUAUAAGCUUAUUAAUUGAUGUUCAAGAGUUUGACAAUAGAUUCAAUAGAGGGUUAAAUAAUGUUGAAGUUAUACCACCAAUAUUAAAUAUUUUUUAUUGUCCUAGUGAUGAAGUUAAAAAACCACGAAUCAAACUGGAUGUUUUAGAAAAUUGGAAAUUUUUUGAAAAAUUGACUAUUUGUAUUUUAAAUUAUCCAAAACAUUUUGAUUUAAAACGAAUCCAACAAUUUAUAUAUUUUCUUGGUGCUUCUGUUGUCAGUAAUCCAACAAAAGAUACAUCCUAUAUUAUUGCUACUGAUAAACUGAAUAUUAAAACAGCAGCUGCUAUUCAUACAAAAUAUAUGCCAAUUUUAGAUGUAGAAUGGGUAAUAAGAUGUAUAAAUGAAAAGAGAAUUCAAAAAAUUGAUUUAGAAAAGGACACAAUAUUGAUGUGUGGACAUAAUCAGUUGUCACUUGAAAAAUUAAAUGAUUUGAUUCAAGAAAAAGAUAUUCCUGAUGAAGUAUUUAAUAAUAUUUUUAUGUAA